CCUCUCAUCUAGUCUCCUUAGCAACUGACAACAUUAGCCAGGUAGUGGUGUGGUUACAUUUUUCUGACACUACUUUACUAUUUUUAGUAUUUCUAUACUAAAAUAAUAAUAAUAAUAAUAUUCAGCGUUUCUCACGUUGUUUUCUUAUCAGAGAGCUAACUAAACCAGCUAGCGGCUCAUUAGUGUUUGCUAACUCCGAAGUGAGACCUUUACCUUAGUAUGUCCUCCGCUGGCGGUGCCGAGGAUGUUUGGCAGCGGGUCAGCCAGUGUUGGUCCGUCCUGGACGAUCUCUCUCGAAACGACCCCGCAGCCUACCGCGCGUUGAUCCAGAAGCAGAUGGAGGAGGGAGCCGAAUUCACUGCGCCGCCCGAGCUCGACUCCCGCCUGUGCACGGAAAUACUGGAGCCCACGAAAGGGUUGCUGUAUAUCAACAUAUGCAGCUGGAAACGUGUGCCUGCACCUCAGGAUCCCAGCAAGCCAUUACCUUUAUGUGCAGGAAAACUGGAAACAGACACAAAUAAAAGCCAAGGCUCGUACACUGUGUUGGAUGUAGCAUUAAACCCUGCAGUUCUAAAGGAAAGUACGAAAGACAAAACAGAAGUGUAUAUACUGGCCCUGAGCUUUGCCCAGCAGCAGCAUGGGUUGAGUUUAUCUCAGAAGUACACUGUCAUCAGCUUUAGCCCAAAAAGUAGUCCAGAUGACUUGCGCCGCCGGCUUGGGUUGCGGCAGUGGCCCGACACCUCCAAACUACCCGACACAGCCAGUCAAACCCCAGCUUCCCUUCUGCAGCAGAUCGCCUCUCUACGCUCAGAGAAACAAGACGACGACAUGGCGGCCCAAGUUAUCUGUAGACCCUCGGAGCCUAAAAAGAAGGAUUUGAUCCAGGUAAUCUCCGCCACUUUUGUGCAGCCUCAGAAGCCAGAGCACCGACUUGAGGUGAAAACUGACACAGCAGGGGUUCCUCGCAGCAUGGCGCUAACAGUAGAGCUGCCAAAGGUUUGCUCCAUGUCAGAGUGCCAGCUGAAGAUCUCCAAGGAUGACGUCUUACUGGAAGUGGAGGAUGUUUACUAUUUGCUUCUGGAGUUUCCAAAAACUGUAAACGAAGACACUGCAUCUGCCAUCUUCAACAAGAAGAAACGAAGGCUUGUAUUGAAAGUAGAUGUUGUGUGACCAUUUUCUUUCAUGGAGAAACAUAUGUACACAGAGGCGAUCAGUCCUGCUAGGAAUGGGCUGAGGAAACUGUGAAGCUAGGAAUAAAUUCUGAAAUCGAAAAACACCUCACCAAAAUGAACUAAAUUCCUUCUCGGCAAUCUACACAAACACACACACAUGUACAUGUACACAUUUUCAUCUAUAUUUAUAUACUGAUAUAUAGAUAUAGAUUAUUCUAUGAAAAACCUAAGCUAACAAACAAUAAACAGCUGCUCUGUAAAAUGAUCACUCCCGAAACCAAAAAUGUUUUUUUCAAACAAAUCUGUCACUGUGUGGGUUGAUCUACAGCACCAAAUUUAAUUCUUGACCCAAAAAAACAUUGAUUGACUUUAAUGAAAAUCUGUGGGUUUUGUUUAUUAAUGUGUGGGUGUAUGAGUAGAGGUGUAUAAUGGCUAGGAGCUAGUGUUCAGUGUCAUUACUUUACGCUGAGGGAAUCAUUGACAGCAUAAUUAUCCAUGCAAUAAUUUGUGUUUAUUAAAACAUCAGAAUUUAUGCAGAAC